CAGAGAGACACGAGCGGUAGGGUAUACUGAACGAUACAGCCGGUUAGCAGUAUUUGUUGUUCCAAGGAUUCGACAAUGUCCUUUAAGCUGCCAAUUGUCGACCUUUCCAAAGCUCGGACUGAUCGCGAGGCUUUAGCGAAGGUGAUAGUGGAUGCCCUUGAGAACACAGGUUUCUUGUUCAUAGAUAAUAUAGAAGGGUUGGAUUUCGACCUCUGGUACAAGUGUUGUGAAUGGUUCUUCAAACAACCAGAGGAGUCAAAGAAAAAGCUACUGAGAAACUUUUGGAACCCAGAUAGCAAAAACGUUUACCGUGGCUAUUUCCCCGUUUUACCGAAUGAACCUAGCAGGAAGGAAGGAUUUGAGUUUGCGCGUGAUGUCCCUCCGAAUGAUCCAACAGUCAAGCCAAACAACUGGUUCUAUGAGAACUCUGUGUGGCCUGAAGAAGAUGGGACCUUCCCCUUUAAAGCAAACAUGAGGACGUUAUACGAAAAACUACACGAAACGGCCUUAGAGAUAUUGCGUCUUACGGCGAUCGGACUUGGUAUUGAAGAGGAUAUAUUCACCCCGUUGUUUUCAGACAAACCGUGUACAACAUAUCGGAUAAUGCAUUAUCCACCCUGGGAAGGUACUCCACCCGACAACGCCCGGAUAGAGGACGGAAAAGUUGUGAUAACACCAGAGCAUACAGAUACCAACUUCCUUACUCUGCUUGCGACAUUUCACUACAAAGGACUCGAGGUCAAGAUGCCCGAUGGCUCCUGGGCGGAAGUCGAGCCUCGACCAAAGAGUCUUGUUAUGAAUAUAGGCGACACGUUCUCCAGAAUGAUGGGAGGAAGGUUAAAAGCCACUGCUCAUCGCGUCAUAGACAUCGGUGUUGAUAGAUACACGUCUCCGUUUUUCUUCACACCCGGAUAUGACGCCGACAUCGGGAUUAACUUCAUGUCUAAGGCGACGGGCAUUGGCCCAGAUCACAUAUUUGAGAAAUAUGGUCCUUGGGUUUUGAACGUUAUCAAAAAUGUUAAAAAGUACUUCGAAUAUCGAGUUCUACCAGAUAUUGAUUGAAGUAACGUUUGUGUAAAUAACUAAAACUGAUGACAUAGUAUCUGAAUAGUCUAUCUAACGUAAUCAGUUAGCUUCCAUGUUCGGCGUUUGAUAAUUACAUAGCUUAUCAUCUAUUUAAAAUACUCAGAAAGAUUUCAGUGGUAAUGAAAUUUCCUAAAAUACCAGCAGCCUUCAGGGUAAGAAUGUUUACUGUUUGUUAAUGUAAGGUUAAGUGGUCAAGUUAAAUAUGUUGGUAUUAUAAUAUUGAAUUCCAUGUAUGCAAUUUUCCGGCUUCAAAGCAAAAUUGAUAUGAUUUGCCACAUAAAGGCGCCCAUCAAUAGUGUAUAUUUAUAGUGUAAAUCGUACAUAGCCUCGUGGUGUAUCAAAUGAUUGAAUUCGUUUAUCAAAUUCCAUAUGGCAUAUCCACUAAUAUAUCCUAUACAUAUAUUUAAAUACAGUGUAAUAGAAAGCAAUAUCACCAACUAUGUGACGUUGUUCAAAGUAUGCUGUCCAUAACGGAACGUGCCAUAAUACAUGACUGAAUGACUGGAAUUGCAGCUUACUUUAAUUCUUUUAUAUGUUAAAUGCAACACGGAAUAUCAAUAAAUGUGAUAGUCAUA